AUGGCUGCUCGUCGGUCCAUUGCCGGUGCUAUCCCCACUCUCCGCGCAGUUCCCCGCACGCCGGUGUCGGUGACUGCCAGAGCUGUGUCUUCAUCCCGAUCUCUCACAAGUUCUUCGCUUGCCAGCUUGGUCUCCCGUAGAGCCACUGUGCCUUGCUCAUCACUUUCUGCCACUCGUCGCUUGCACGCAACAGCCCAACGCCUUGUGACUGCAACGACCUCAGCUGACUCCACUGCUACUGAAUACCCGACAAGUCACCAAAAGAUUGCCAACCCCAUUGACACGGCUAACUUCAUCGACAAUGAAUUUGUGUCAUCUAAAGCAGUUAAAUGGAUUGAUCUUCACGAUCCUGCCACUAACAACCUGGUCACCCGUGUUCCCCAGAGCACGGAUGAGGAGCUCAAGGCCGCUGUGAAGUCGGCCGAGAAGGCCUUCCCCGCCUGGAGAGCUACCAGCAUCAUGGCCAGGCAACAAAUUCUCUUUAAGUUUACUAGUCUUAUCCGUACUCACUGGGACCGAUUGGCCGCGUCUAUUACCCUUGAACAGGGUAAGACCUUCGCCGACGCCAAGGGUGAUGUUCUCCGUGGCCUACAGGUCGCCGAGACCGCCUGUGGUAUCACCACUCAGAUGACAGGUGAGGUUUUGGAAGUAGCCAAGGACAUGGAGACAAGAAGCUACCGCGAGCCGCUCGGCGUUGUGGCUGCUAUCUGCCCCUUCAACUUCCCUGCCAUGAUUCCCCUCUGGUGUAUCCCUGUUGCUACCGCAACUGGUAACUGUUUGAUCAUGAAGCCCUCCGAACGGGACCCUGGCGCUGCUAUGAUCCUCGCAGAGCUUGCCAAAGAGGCUGGUUUCCCUCCAGGUGUUAUUAAUAUCAUCCACGGCAGUGCUCCGACUGUGGACUUCAUUCUUGAUGAGCCUGCUAUCAAGGCUAUCAGCUUCGUUGGUAGCAACCGUGCUGGCGAGUACAUCUACACCCGUGGCUCUGCCAACGGCAAGCGCGUGCAGGCCAACCUAGGUGCUAAGAACCACGCCGCCGUCUUGCCCGACGCCAACAAGAACCAGGCUCUUAAUGCAAUUGUCGGCGCUGCAUUUGGCGCUGCUGGUCAGCGCUGCAUGGCAUUGAGCACUUGCGUUAUGGUCGGCGAAACUAAGGAGUGGUUGCCUGAGAUUGCCGAGCGGGCUAAGGCCCUCGUCGUAAAUGGUGGCUUUGAAGAAGGUGCUGAUCUCGGCCCUGUGAUUAGCCCCGAGAGCAAGAAGCGGAUUGAGGACCUCAUCACUAGCGCUGAGGAAGAGGGUGCGACUAUUCUACUGGACGGCCGUGGGUUCGCGCCCGAGAAGUACCCCAACGGUAACUUUGUUGGCCCGACCAUCAUCACCAAUGUCACCCCCGAUAUGAAGUGCUACAAGGAAGAGAUCUUCGGUCCCGUUCUCGUGUGUCUUAACGCCGAGACCCUGGAUGAAGCCAUCGAUGUGAUCAAUGCCAACGAAUACGGCAAUGGUGCCGCCAUCUUCACUCGCUCUGGCUCGACUGCCUCUAAGUUCCAGAAGGAAUGUGAAGCCGGCCAGCUCGGUAUCAAUGUUCCCAUCCCCGUUCCUCUUCCCAUGUUCUCUUUCACCGGCAACAAGAAGAGUAUUGCUGGCGGUGGUGCCAACACCUUCUACGGCAAGCCCGGCUUGCAGUUCUACACCCAGCAGAAGACCGUGACCAGCCACUGGAAGAGUGAGGAUGCAGUCAGCACCAAGGCUCACGUGGUGAUGCCCACCCACUCCUAA